AUGAGGAACAUCUUCCUCUCUGAUACCUGCAAGGAGACGCAGCUCCACCCCCUCAUUCCGCAGGCCUGGCUUCAGGUGGAGAGGGGAAAGGUCUCAAAGCCGUCCUCAUACGCCUCUUCUUCCAUGUAUGUGUUCUCCUACUUUUCCCCUUCUUCCCUGAAGAAUAAGCUUCCGAUUCUAAUGCGCCAGCCUCUCUCUUCAUUUCUGGAUCUCCAGCGAAUCUCUCAUCAGGGUCGCCGAGCCGCCGAUUCUGCCUCUCUUCAAGCCCGUUGACUAUGUGGAAGUGUUGGCCCAGAUUCACGAAGAGCUAGAGUCUUGCCCCCCCGACAAGCGCUCGGAUCUCUACUUGCUGCAGUUUCAGGUCUUCAGGGGCCUCGGGGAAGGGAAAUUACUCCAGCGGAGCCUCCACUCUGCCUGGCAGAGGGCGUCCUCCUACGAGAAGCUCAUCUACGGGGCGUGGCUCAAGUAUGAGAAGCAGGGGGAUCAAGUCGUCUCCGACCUUCUCUCCUCGUGUGGCAAGACCUCCCAAGACUUUGCUCCCCUAGACAUCGCGUCGGAGUUUCCCACCGAAGCUGUCCGGAACCCGGGCACAAGUUUCUCUGAAGAUCUCAUGGAGGAUUCCAGCGCAGUCUUCUUCCGAAUAGGAGGAGACGUAAUAGCAAGCGAUCGGAGAAGGAUUGCGGCCCUGUCGAAGCCAUUUCACACCAUGCUGUACGGGUCCUUCACAGAAUCGCAGAUCGAAGUCAUAGACAUGUCGAAGAAUGGGAUCUCUGCUCUGGCAAUGCGGGAAGUCAUUAAAUUCAGCAGAACUGGGAGCCUGGGCGAGCUGCCCCCAAAUCUCCUGCUGGAAAUCCUGAUCUUUGCUAACAAGUUUUGCUGCGAGAGGCUUCGGGAUGCUUGCGACAGGAACCUCGCACCCUUUGUUUCCUCAACACAAGAUGCCGUUGACCUCAUGCAAUGCGCUCUGGAAGAGAAUUCUCCCAUCCUCGCCACCUCGUGCCUGCAGAGUCUCCUGCACGACGUGCCCGGGUGCCUCAAGGACAAGCAGGCUGUCGAGAUCUUCUGCAAUGUCAAUAAGCAGCUGAGGGCGGUCAAGGUUGGACGUGCCUCCUUCUGUCUCUACAGUUUCCUGUGCGAGGUCGCCUUGAAUGCCGACCCAAGAUCAGACACCACAGUCCGAUUCCUGGAGUGCUUGGUGGAGUCGACAGAGAACAGCAGACAGAAGCAGCUGGCAUAUCACCAGCUGGGUUGUGUGAGGCUCCUGAGGAAGGAGUACAGUGAGGCAGAGCGGAGCUUCGCCAUCUCCUUCCAAGAGGGGCAUGUCUACUCUGCCGCUGGGUUGGCAAGGCUGGAAUUCCUUCGAGGUGAGAGAGUUGCAGCAUAUGAGAGGAUGAGCUCCGUCAUAUCUUCCUCCCCUAUCCGCCUCGGAUGGAUGUACCAGGACAGAUCUCUCUACGCAGAGGGGGACGGUGUGUGGGAGGAUCUCAAAGAGGCCACGGAGCUCGAUCCCACUCUCAUCUAUCCAUACAUGUAUCGGGCGGCGGUGUUGAUGAGGAAGCAGGAUGCACAGGCAGCGCUGGCAGAGGUGAACCGGGUCAUCGGGUUCAAGCUGGCGCUGGAGUGCUUGGAGCUCCGGUUCUGCUUCUAUCUGGCCCUCGAGGACUACCACAAUGCCCUGUGUGAUGUCCAGGCGAUCCUCACUUUGUCCCCAAAGUAUCGGAUGUUCGAGGGGCGGGUGGCUGCUUCCCAGCUGCGGACCCUGGUCCAUGAACAUGUUGUGCAGUGGACCACGGCGGACUGCUGGAUGCAGCUCUACGACCGGUGGUCGUCGGUGGAUGACAUUGGGUCCUUGUCGGUCAUCUACCAGAUGUUGGAGACCGGUGUGCCUAAAGGUGUCCUCUACUUCCGGCAGUCUCUGCUUCUUCUUCGGUAUGUCUCUCGUCGCCUUUUCUUAAUUGAUCAAAUACUUUCCAAACAUGUUUGUAUAUAUUAUAGACAUGGAUGAUAUGGGCCUGGGUGGUCAGGUUGAAUUGCCCGGAGGCGGCGAUGCGAAGCUUGCAGCUGGCACGGGAGCAUGCCAGCAACGAUCAUGAACGGCUGGUUUACGAAGGAUGGAUUUUGUACGACUCUGGGCACUGUGAGGAGGGGCUCCAGAAGGCGGAGGAGUCCAUCAGGCUGCAGAGGUCGUUUGAGGCUUUCUUCUUCAAGGCUUACGCACUGGCGGACUCGAGCCCCAAUCUUUCCUGCUCUGAGACCGUCAUCUCUCUCCUUGAAGACGCCCUGAAAUGCCCCUCGGACAGGCUCCGCAAGGGUCAGGUAUGAUGCCCCGUGUUCUUCGAUGAUUCCUUGAUGCCCCUCCCUUCUUUUGAUCAAGUUUUAUGCGAAAUUGAGUGAUGGUGAUCUCGCAUCAGACUGAUUUGUCGUCCUUCAAUUUCCGCAAUGCGAUGCUCUACUUGUUGCCCAUGAAUAACUAUCGAUGCCAUCGAGUAUAAAACCUUGGUGGGUACUAUGUGCCACGAACAUGGUCCUCUCACAACGCUCUUGUUAUCUCUUUGGAAGGAGAACGGAGAACAAUAAAUUAGAUGAACAGAAAAAAUGCGGAAAAAAGGCAAUAUAAAGAUAUGGGGAAUGUAGUUUGCCCUAGUGAAUCCAGUUGACGAGGAAAUUGUGGGGAAUGCAGGAUUUUUUGCUUUCUUAGAUGGAAAAGGGUUCGAUUAUAAUUUGACCAUGGUGUUCAUCAGAAAGUCUCACCCAUUUGUUUCAUCCCAUGAUUUCUGUAGUUCUUUAGUGCAGAGAUGCUGCAAAAAUAUGUUGUAAUGUAGAAUGGAAUCAUUUUUUCCCUAAAAUUUGCAUUAUUUUUCUGAAAGCUGCUGAAGUGUCUGCGCCUCGAGAAACAUCUCUCUUGAACUUCAUACACCAGUUCUUGCAAGACCAGGCGAGCAUUUCUCUUGAACAAGUGCCUCUGAUCUGUUUUUGUUUAAUCACUGGUCGCCAUGAUCCUCCUGACUUUUCCUAUUGGCCAUGUGGGAAACAUGGGUUACUGACUUUGGUGGCAAGUCACUCAGACAUCAAUAAGUUGGAUUUGUAGAUCAUAGUGAUCAUCUUCUACAUGCACAUGACCAGGCUUUUCAAGUGGAUUGCAUUAUUUUAUUGGGGCUUUGAACAUAAGCUUGUAUGCGUCAAAGCUGCGGUCAGUCUGGUUCAUUAUUUAUAAGUUGGAAGUUAAUUCAUGGAAUCCAUCUUCUGAGUAGGCCAGUCGUGGGUAGAUCUUGCUUUUCUUUUCCAGAUUAACUUAAAACUGAUUCUAAUUGGUCAUUGAUUCGUAAACAAUAACUGACAACAUGCUAAACGAAUCCCAUCUGGACAAUUGAUGAGAAAUCAUGCCAGCAGACAGAUAGCAGCUGGAUUCAUUCAUGGAGGAGGGGAAAGGUCAUGAUUUUGUCUCUACUUCAAAUAAUAAUAAUAAUAAUAAAAAUAAUAAAAAUAAUAAAAAUAAUAAUGGGUUCCUUGUACUGAGAUUCACUGUUACUGACUAUUUCGUUUGAUCAUCUUCGCAAUUAGAUGGGCUAAAUUUAUUUAUGCAAAUUGCCUUCAUGGUUUUGACCGUGAUAUUAUUUGUCUGGUUUAUCGACGUACUGUGCUUGCCACUUCUUCGUCGCAACCAUUCCAUCUCCCUUGUGUGUGCUGUAAAUGUAAAGUCUCUCUCCCUUACCGGUUCCCGAUCGAGCUGAUAAGGGCCGUAUGUACACUCGUUUGCAGCUGUAAAGUCUAGGGACGGCUGUCUGUGACGUCGUCUUAGAAAUUCUUGGGAAAUCUUGCUCUCAUGGCAGCUUCAUCGGUGAUGAGUUGCCAGAACCCUUCUCCCCUUUAGGGGGCAUUUCUUUCACCGGGACGCCACCUUUCAUGUGGCGGAUUACGAACAGAAGUUCCCUAGCUCUCUGUUUCUCAUCCAAAGGGGGAGUUUUUUCUUCCUCAUUUUUCUAUUUCUGCCCAGAAUUCUUUUGACACAUUGUCGGCUAAACCUGCUGUUUUUUAAGGCUUCUUCAGUUUUUUUUUUAAUUUUUAUUUACAAAAUCCCCUUUGCUUUGUGAUACGGGUGCUUUUUUCUCCCUCAAGGAUUUCCUUUUUUGCCAACAUCACCCCAGUUCGGAAUCUAAUGGCGUUAAGAAUCCGACCCUUAGAACUCUGUUGUGGACUUGUGGUGGUGGGAAUUAGGCGGGCAACAGGGGAUUGAAAGGCCGGUUGUGAUGGGCAUUCCUGAAUGAUGCUGACCAGCAUGGCGUCUCAAUGGCUUACUGAAAGCGCAUUGAUCACCACCCUGUUGACUGAUCGUAGAAUUGAAUGCUCUGAGCGAAGACUGGUGCUUCGUGGAUGCUUCGAUUCUAGAAUGAGUUGCAGUAAGCUGACGUUCAUAAAAUCAUUUUAAAGCUUCCAGCGCAGAAUGAGUUGCAGCGAAGUGAUUCUGCCGAUUCUUCAGCCUCUGCUAUGUAGAUUUUCCCCCUCUUUCUCUCUCUCUCUCUCUCUCUCUCUCUCAUUCUUCUGCGUCCAACUCCAUUCAACAGGCCUUGAACAACCUCGGAAGCAUAUAUGUGGACUGCCAGAAGCUUGAACUGGCGGCGGAUUGCUACAUUAGCGCCCUGAAGAUCCGGCACACGCGUGCCCACCAGGGCCUGGCUCGAGUCCAUUUCCUCAGGAACAACAAGAACGCCGCCUACGAGGAGAUGACGAAGCUGAUCGAGAAGGCCCGGAACAACGCUUCCGCCUACGAGAAGAGAUCGGAGUACUGCGAGCGCGAGCUCACCAUGGAAGACCUGCAGGUGGUGACCCAAUUGGACCCAUUGCGAGUCUAUCCCUACAGAUACCGCGCUGCAGGUUAGAUUCGUGGCCGGGUGAAAAUAUAGAGCUCAGAUUGGUAACUUCAUGGCGGAUGGUGUUGAUCUUUGGUGGGUCUUGCUUGCUCUGGUGUGGUGUUUUUCCAGUGCUGAUGGACAGCCACAAGGAGAAGGAGGCGAUAGCGGAGCUGACGAGGGCGAUUGCGUUCAAGGCAGAUCUGCACCUCCUCCAUCUCCGCGCCGCCUUCUACGAGCACAUUAGGGACGUCUCCAGCGCCCUCCGCGACUGCCGCGCCGCCCUCUCCGUUGACCCCAACCACCAAGAGAUGCUGGAGCUCCGCAGCCGCGUCAACUGCCUGGAGCCUUGA